CUCAAAACAACCAUUCUUAUUGCAUUUCAUCUACCUAUUUGCAGAAUCUGAUCGAAAACUAACAAUGGCCGGAAGAUUGAGCCACGUGGCCUCUCAGAUUAUGGCUGGAAACGGCGUCGUUAGCCGAUCCGGCGCAUCUUCUCUUCGUCUCCGUUCCGGUAUGGGCUUACCGGUCGGCAAACACAUCGUUCCCGACAAACCUCUUCCUAUAAAUGAUGAGCUGGUAUGGGACAAUGGAACUCCAUUUCCUGAACCGUGUAUUGAUCGCAUAGCCGAUACUGUUGGAAAGUAUGAAGCGCUUGGUUGGUUAUGUGGUGGACUGGGAUUUUUUGCUACCCUUGGAUUGAUGGCUACUCUGAAUGACAAAGCUUCUAAGAUACCAUAUACGCCCAAGGUAUUUCCAUACGACAACCUUCGAGUGGAGCUUGGUGGAGAACCCUAGACCACAAACCCGAGUCAUUUGGUACUUCACAUGUUUGUUUAUGUGCAUUUUGUGUUUGAACUUGCAAGGAAUAAUGUAUCAUCUCAUCCUUUAAACAAACAACUGAGACUAUUUUGUGAUUUAACCAUUUUGUAACGAUAAAAGUUGUUUUCAUGAUCUUUUAA